AUGACCGCAUCUGCCAUACAAAAGCGGUUUCUGCAAAUGCUGGUGUCGCACAAGAAAGUGCCAGUUGAAGAAACGGAAGAAAGCAACAGCGAAUUCAUCAAGUCCAUCAACUACGACAGCCUUGAAAAAAAAUAUGAUAUCCACAAGUACUAUCCAUCUUACAUUCACAACUGCGGUAUCCUGACGCCGGUGUUACGGGAUCUUAUCAUAGACAAGCCCAUAUACGCAGAUGCCAACAAGCAUGUCAAAAAGAAGAAGAAAAGGAGCCUGGCCCGUGAUGGCAGACUGACUCGUAGACUCGAGCAGGUUCAAGAGCUUAGAGAGUUGAAAAAAGACCAACUUCAAGAUAGAAAAGACCUCCGUAAAGAGAUGCGGGACUUGAAAAAGAGCCAGAAGACCGAAGUCCAGGAAAUCAAGCGGAAGUAUAAGGGUCGGAUAUCCCAGAACAUCCAGGAAAUCAAGCAUAACAACAAACUCAUGAACGACGGAAGCAAGGAGCCAAAUGGCCGAAAGAUCAGCAGUGUCAGAAACAACAGUGUUGGAAACGUAAAUCCCUACGAAAUAGGAACUUCCUUCUCCAAUUUCGUAGAUACUAGUGAUGAGACCGAAGUAGACGAAGAGGAUUUCCUUGACUUGGGCUACAAUAAUAAGGAAGGCCUUGAGGGACAUUUCGGCAUGUUUGAAGAGACAAAGUUUAGAGACCCGUUCAAUACUUUUACGAUAGAAAAAGUCUCGAGUGCAAUGAACACUUUGAACAACAGCAAUUCCAAUUCCAAUUCAAUGAACAGUACGAUUUAUUUGAACAAUACCAAUAACAACGGACACCACUACCACAAUUCAGUUUCGCAUAGUACAGCCGCUUCGGCUCUCUCAGGAAGCACGAAAAGAAACAGCUCCAUUACGGGAAAAUUCAUGAAGAUGAUGAAGGGAGGCUCUAUCUCCUCUGAGAGUUCUAACGACGAUGGUUUAAUAAGUAGAAAUAAUACCAAUAUCCCGUUUACACACGUUCUUUCUAAGAACAGCACAAAUAACUCGAACAAUCUUUCUAAAAACAAUUCCAAUACGAACGGUUCCCACGACCAUAAAAACUCUUACGGAGGAAGAAACCCAGGAGAACCACCGCUUAAUCCAUUGAGCAAAGCCCAGAGUUACGAUCAAACAAGAAGCCACAUGACGAACAAGAGACAGAAUAUCAAAGAGAAGUUCUUGAAGUUGAAGAUCAACGGCGAACGCCGUCACAGUGACCAGAUUGGUAUGUAUAUUACAAUUCUACUAACAGACAAGAUAGAGACAAAAGUAAAAUGA